CUUUACUAAAAAAUGACGAAAUUGGGUUUAGUCAUUCUGUCAACUGAAAGGCUCAUAUAUUAUUAUUCUUGUAAUGACUGUGAAAAACCAUAUUAUUAAUUUUUUUUUUUUUGUUGCAAAUAAUGAUUGAACUUAUUAAUUAUUGGAAACUGCUAUUAUGAUACCAUAUGGUGUUGCACAACUUGACCUAGACUUAAGGGGAAUCACAGAGAUAUUUUCGCGAUCGCUGCUCUCCUAGCGGCCGGACUCUGGGCUAGCCAGUUUUGACAAGGACUUCGCGAGUGGUGAAAAGUUAUCUACUUGUCAGAAAAUAAAUUGAUAAGUGUUUAGUUAGAUCUUUCCCUUCACGGUAUUUUUAACGUUAUUUUGAUAAUGGACUGUUUUGAGACUUUAAAAUCAUCUCCCAACCAAAGGACUAUAUCCAUGAAAAAGAAGCAAACUGCAUCAAAAAAGAGCAAUUCAAAAUUUCAUCCUUUAAGUGAUAAACAGAAAGAUAAUCAAAAUUCUAUAGCGGAACGAAUUAGUCUGCUAAAUCUUGACCGUUUUCAAACCAACAGAAAUUUAAUGGAAUCUAAUAAUGAUAAAUCAUUGAAAAAUAAUAUAUUGAAACAAAAGUGUGUUAAACCACAUUCUUUACGUCGUAAGCAAAAAUUGGAUAAUCCUAAUUCUGUUUCUGAACUAUUUAGUCUACUAAAUAUUGAUGGUUCUCAUUUGAACAGAAAUGUAAUAACAGAUAAACCAUUUAUUAAAACCAUUGAAAGACAUAAAAAAACAAAAAAUAAUUCAUCUCGGGAUUAUUUUCACCCUAGUCGGCAUGAUCUAGCUAAUUCAAAAUAUAGAAAUUUUGAUUUUAUUCAGGAGACAGGAGAUAAAAGAAAGCAAUUAGGGUCACAGUGUAGUAGUCUACGUUCCUCAGUAUCCUCUCUUUUGAGUUUUGAAGACAAAGAGCAGAAUAUUGAACAGAAAAUUGAUCGUCAGAAAAAACAAAGUCAUUCUAAUUGGAGAAAUAAAAAAUUAAACCAUAAUUUUACAUCACAUUUGUCAAAUCACUUCAUAAAAAGUUGGAUACUUAAAGAUGAUGAUUCACUGGCAUAUUUAAUUAUGAAAAAUAAAGAUGGUUUUAAAAAUUUGUUCUGUACUCAUAGGAACGUCAAUGAUAUGAUUGUUGUUUUUGAAUUAUUAAAUAGAAUUUGUGAAAUAAACGACCCAUUGACAAAAACAUAUUUUCUUUCUUUUUCUCUGAAUCAGCAGUUCAUAGAAAAUAUAGACAGUUAUAUACCUUGCAUUUUAUUAGGUUCAUCAAGAGAUAUGCUAAAAAAUUUAGAAUAUCUUUUAAAGUUUUAUUCAGAAAUCAUUCAUGUUAUUCCAGCUGAAAAUUUGGACGAUUAUUAUAGGCUUUUUACAAGUUCUUUGGACAAAUUGGAGAGAAUAGGCCUCAUACCUGAUUUAAUGCUUAAUAAUAUAAAAGAGUUAAUCACAAAUAUUUCUGAAAAAUUAAAGGAGACAAACACUCAGUUUGAUGUUUCCAAUCUAAGUAUUCUUCCUUUACCUGAAGAUAUGAAUGUGGUUCCUGAAUUGCAACCCAAUAUUAUCACAGGUUCCUAUGAAAGUCCUUCACAUUAUUUAAAUAUUCAUUUUAAAUUACUCAAGGAAGAUUUUGUUUUUAAUUUACGUUCUGGUUUACAAGAAUAUGAAAGCAAUUUAAAAGAAAAGAAAUCUUCUAGAAUCAAAGAUAUUUUUUUGUAUGAUGCAGUUUAUUGUGGGUUAAUAAAGCGUAGUCGAAAAACUAAUUUGAUGAUUAGUUUUGAAAUUGAUAAUAAGAAAUUGAAAAAAGUGGAUUGGCGCACUUCGAAAAGACUUAUUCAUGGAUCCUUACUCCUCAUAUCUAAUGAUGAUUUCAAAACAUACUAUUUGGCCCUAGUUGAUGACAAAAAAACUCCAAAAAGUGAAGAUAAACAUUUUGUGAUUACAGCAUUGAUUGUGGAUAAGCUUAUUAAAUUUAAAGAAUAUACCAAGUGCACCAUUAUUGAACCAAAAGUAUUUUUUAACCCAUACUUUCAAGUAUUGAAAACCAUAAAAAAAAUUGAUUCAAAUAUUUUCCCAAUGGAAGAUUAUAUUAUUCAGGCUAGUACUAAAAUAAAUCCACCAGUUUAUGUAAGCGAAGAAACUAAUUAUUCGAUUGCAGGAAAUGAAGUAAACAUUAAUAAAAUUACCUCCUAUGAAUAUCCUGAAAUAUUUGCGUUAAAUGAGUUCCAGAUAUCAGCCUUGCAAGCAGCACUAACUAAAGAGUUUGUUAUAAUCCAAGGACCUCCAGGCACUGGAAAGUCCUAUUUAGGCUUGAAAAUAAUCAAUAUUCUUCUAAAUAAUAGUUCAGUUUGGAAAAAAGACGAAUCCCCUAUUUUAGUGAUUUGUUACCGAAAUAAUGCUGUUGACCAAAUUCUAGAAUCACUAAUAAAAGAUGGAAAGAAAAUAGUUAGACUUGGAAGCCAGUCAAAUAAUGAGCUUGUCAAAGACUGUUGUCUCCGCAAUGCUGUUAAAAUGAUAAAUACUAAACCAGUGUUAAGAGAUCAAAUUAAAGUAAUUAAGAAUCAAAUUGAAACCCUAAAAUCACAGAUUGCUGAAAUGUCGACAGUUAUUGCUAUCAUUAAUGAUCAAAAAGCAGUGCUUAGUAUUGGUUCUCUCGGUGAUGUGUUGACAACCACUCAAAAGCAAUGUUUAUCUAAAUCCAAUGUUUUUGAAGAAUGGUUAUUUGGAGGUUUUGAUGAGUGUGAUAACAAUGAAGCAUUAAUGGAAGAUCUUCAAUUAGAUAGUUUGGAAUACAAAUAUUCAUCUUCACCUAACCAACGUCAAAGUUCAUUUUUCCUUCUGAGUAUAACUGGCCUCAUAAAUGAACUCUGUGACCUUAGAAGGAAAAUUGAUAAUAUUUAUGCUUAUAAUGAACACCUACAAUCGAAAGGACAAGAUAUGUUACUAAAUGUAGUAGAGAUUCUACAGGAGUAUGCAGACAAAGAAUUAUUUCUGAAGAAGGUGGUAAAUAGGAUUAAUUCAGAGAUUGAUAAUUUUAUCGAUAUUACUCAACUACAUCCUGACAAUUUAUUUAAACUAUCAAUACCUGAAAGAUGGAAGUUGUAUAAAAAUUGGGCAGAUAUGUUUUGUAAGCAAGGUUUAGAAAAAAUUGAAGGGUUUCUUGAUGAGUUAAAUAAAAAACAAAAUGACUUGGAUGAAUUGAAUGAUAUGAGCGAUGGAUACAAAGUUCUUCAAUUGCGGCCUGAUGUAGUUGGGGCUACUACCACUGGUGCAGCCCGAACACGUGCUCUUCUUACAGUAAUCCAGCCAAAAAUAGUAAUAUUUGAAGAAGCAGCAGAGGUAUUGGAAUCUCAUACUAUAACAGCUUUAACACAAUUCUGUGAACAUGUCAUUAUGAUAGGUGACCAUCAGCAACUGCGACCAAAUCCAGCAAGCUAUAUUUCUGCAUAUAAAUACAAAUUAGAUAUAUCUCUCUUUGAAAGAAUGAUCAAUAAUGGUGUGGAAUAUUUUACCUUGAAUGAACAACAUCGAAUGAGACCACUCAUAUCAUCUCUUGUCAUCCCACAGUUUUAUCCUACAUUACAAAAUCAUAUAAGUGUAGAAAACUAUCCAGAUGUAAGAGGUCUAAAGGAUAAUAUGUUUUUUGUCGAUCAUAUCAUUCCUGAAGAUGAGUUGGCAGAUUCUGAAAGUCAUCGGAAUAAACAUGAAGCUAACUUUAUCCUUGCUUUAGCUGAUUAUAUAUUAAAACAAGGAUACAAUAAGGAAGACAUAACUAUCCUUACACUAUAUGGAGCCCAAUUGUUUUAUCUUCAAGCAGUACGCUCAAAUUAUCCUUCAACGAAAGGUGUAAGUUUGGAAGUAGUUGAUAACUUCCAAGGAGAAGAAAACAAAAUUAUCCUUCUCUCAUUAGUUAGAAGUAACUCUCACUCUAUCGGAUUCUUGUCUAAAAUGAACAGAAUAUGUGUUGCUCUCACCAGAGCUAGAGAAGGGUUUUAUAUAAUUGGUAAUAUGACAACUCUAAAAGGCAACUCAUUAGUUUGGAAGGGUAUCAAUGAGACUCUUCAAAGAAAUAAAGUUAUAGGAAAUGAACUCCCUUUGAAAUGCAACACACAUGGAACAAUUACAAAUGUGCGGACAACUGAUGACUUUGCUCCCUUAAUUUUUGGAGGUUGUACACUGAUUUGUGGUGCGAAAUUAGAAUGUGGCCAUCUUUGUGAAUUACAAUGUCAUGGUUCUGAUGAAUGCCAUUUAGGAACUUUUAGCUGCCAAAAGCCUUGUGAACGUAAGGCUGGUUGUAACAUCCAUGACUGUAAGGCUUUGUGUGGAGUUCCAUGCCCCAAAUGUGAUGUAAUCGUGGAAACAGUUCUGCCUUGUGAUCAUCCAGGCGAAAAAGAGUGUGAAGGAGGAUUUCUUCCUUGCAGCUCAAACUGCUCUGACAAGUUAAAUUGUGGUCAUCCUUGUUUAAAAGAAUGUCAUUUCCCUAUGCCACAUCUACCUAAUGAGUUCUGCCCAAUGCCAUGUGACAAACCCAAUGUAAAUUGCUUCUUAGGACAUAAAUGCCAGAAAGCCUGUGGAGAAGAAUGUGGAGAAUGUGUGGUGAAAACCAUCACAACUAUGCCCUGUGGUCAUACAGUCCAUGGGAAAUGCCAUAAAAUUAAAAAUAAAAUAUGUGAAGUGUUGCUGGAAAAAAAAUUAGACUGUGGUCAUACGGUUGAAGUGGAAUGUUUUAAAUUUAAUUCAGAGGUAGUGUGCACCAAAAGCAAUUUAGAACGACUCUCUUGUGGGCAUGAUAUCGAAGUUCCUUGUGUUGGUGGGGAUAAGAAAGAAAUGAUUUGCAAAGAAAUUGUUCAAAAAUGUCUUCCAUGUGGCCAUUUUAAAACUAUUGCUUGCCAUUUAUCAUGUGAAGAAAAUGUUUGUGAAAAAUUAGUUGAAAAAGAGCUGAAAUGUGGGCAUGGCGUUCAACUGGCAAAAUGUUCUACUUCUCUAGAAGAUAUUCUGUGUAAAAAAAAGGUUAUCAAAACUGUCAAAGAAUGUGGCCACAAGGUGAAAGUAAUGUGCUAUAUGAAAUUGAGUAAAGCUAUAUGUAAACAGCCAUGUAACUUAAUCAAGCCAUGUGGCCAUCAUUGUAGUGGUUUAUGUGGACAACCAUGUCCAGAAUGUCAAGAGAAGGUUGAAAUUGACCAGGUGUGUGGUCACAAAGGAUUUUCUCCAUGUGCAGUUAUUGCAGACACAAACAUAUCAGACACAAAUAUUAAAACAAACCCUGGUAGCUUCAACUGUGAAACACUCUGCAAGUCCAUUUUGAAAUGUGGUCAUCAGUGUGGAGGAACUUGUGGAAAAUGUUUGCAAGGCCGCAUUCAUGAAGCAUGUGUGGUGGCAUGUGGAGCAGUAUUAUUAUGCGGACAUGUGUGUUCCAAUAAUUGCAGUUCUGGUAUUCAUUUGUGUGAUAAAAAGUGUUUAAAUAUUUGUAAACAUCAAACUUGUAAAAAUAAAUGUAGUCAGCCCUGUCAAAAGUGCAAGCAACAAUGUGAAUGGCGAUGUGAACAUUUUCAGUGUUCCAAACUUUGUUGGGAAAAGUGUAAUAGACCUGUUUGUGAAGCUCCUUGCAAAAAACUAUUGCCAUGCGGACAUACUUGUAAUGGGUUUUGUGGGGAACCAUGCCCCUUAGUCUGCAUCACAUGUACUCCUGAAAAUAAUAAUAAUUCUAAAUCGAAAUAUAUAUUAUUAGAAGACUGUGGUCAUUAUAUAUCUAAAAAUGAAUUUUUAGCUUCGAUAAAAACAACACUCGGGUUAUUUCUUUGUCCGAGGUGCCAAAAACCUCAAACUUCUUCACAUUAUGUUAGAUAUUAUACAAAGCAGUGGUUUGUUUUAUUUCCCCAAAUUAGGAAAAAACUCUUGAACAAGUAUAAUAAUGUAAAAGGUUUAGUACUUGAUACAAAAUCUUUAUUAAGUAGAUUACACAAACUACUAAAAUUCAAGUUUUAUGAUUUUGAAGAGUUGAAACUGCUGUUAAAUGGUAUUAUUGAAUCAGUUAAAACAAUAUUAUUAAAACAGAACGAGGAGACCUGCAUUGAAACUUUGAGGUCAUUACUCUUUGUUUCUUAUUAUAUCAGUGAAGCGUUUCACUUGCUUCAGCAAACCAACCAGAUAAAUGAUUCAGAUCAUCUUUCAAGGUUAAACUAUCUAGCAUCAUCUUUAAAGAAAUGGGAAAAUGGUAUAAGCAGAGAUCAGAUUUAUCAAUUUAAAGAUGAACUCUUCAGAUUAAUUGUUAUUUGUAAAAUCAAAGAAAUUAAAGAGAAGAGAAAAAAUAAUAAUGAACCCGUCAAAACAGUAUAUCUUGAUGAAGCAUGGAACUCAGCAUGUGGGAUGGAAGAGUUUAAUGAGGAUAGACAAAAGAAUAUUGUCUCUUUAAUAAAACAAAUUGAUUCAAAUUUUGAAAUAAAUUUACAGUUACUUUCAAGUAAAUUUUUAUCAAUUUUUGAGAAAUACUACCCUCUGACUCUUCAUAAAGAGAGUUGGAUGAAAUGUAAAAAAAACAGCCAUAUAUUUUAUUCUCUUGACAAUGCUUUAUCUGAAUCGAAUUGCCCAACGUGUAAAGACAGUAAAAGGGAAUUCUUAUUUUAAUUAGAAUUAUACAAGGUUAUGAAUAUCAACUGUGAGCUGCCAAUAAUUCCUAUAUCUUAAUUAACUCCUAUAUUCUUAAUAACCUUUCAGGAUGAAGAAAGAAAAAAAAUUUUGACAUUUAUCAGACCAUUUUUAGAUUUUUUUUUUUUUCAAUAAUGAACAGCGUCUUACACGUGUUCAUACUAUGAUUAUUAAAAAUGCAUCAUUUAGUGCAGAUAUGAUGUAUAGAUUACUAAACUAUCAGAUAGAUAGUGUUAACAGCUCAUCAUAAUUGUUAUUUAUAGCCUAAUAUAAAGUUAGAGAAAUGGGAGAGAUCAGUAUUAAAGAAACAUUGAAGUCUUUAUAUUAAUUUGUAUUCAAUAAACUAAUGGAUAUAGAAAUGACAAUUAAUUCACUAAUAUGAUUUUUAAUUUCCACUUGAGUGUUAUACAUUCUUAAAUAAUUAUAUUCUUUAUAGCUUCUUCAUUGAAAAUAACAGCUUAAAAUACAAGGCCAAUAAUUAGAAGUCAUAUUUUCAUUUAUUGGUUAAAAAUAAAUAUAAUGAUUUAAACAUUUCUUCAAAAUAAAUAAUUUUCUCAUUAUUUAAGAUGUCUAUAUUUAAGUGGCUUUUUCAUAAAUAUGUGGGAAUGCUUGAAAUUCAGUUAUAAAGGUUCAGAAGAGAUUGUAAAAAAAUAGGGAUAUCAUUUUUUUUUCUUAACAAUUUAUGUUUUCAUUAAAAAAUGUAUACAUAUCUUAAGCAUUCCAUGGUAGAUUUAUGAAAGAAUAUGUUUUGACAUGAUGCAGAAAUAAAAUAACUGGAGCAAUUAAAAUAUGAAUACCUUCUUAAUUGUGAAAUGCAGUAUAAAAUAAUUAGUAGUGUGAAAUUUAUUGUUUUGUUUCAUUAUAAUACCCACUUUUGCAGAAAGUUGGCAAAAUGAGUUCUAUGAUACAUUUUAUGUCUUAUAAAAAUGUUUUUAUGUGUUUUUUUUACUAUAGAUUUUAAAAAACUUUUUUACACAUGAAACAUAUUUUAUAAAUUAUUUUGUGAUUAAAAGUAUCUGAAUUAU